AUAUCCCGAGGAGGAGGAGAGAGGAGGGAGGAGACCAUCGACCGCAAGCUUUGGAGGUCCAGUGGUGGAAAUGGAGGAGGAGGAGGUGAAACCAACGACGCCUAAGGCGUCGGGUAACGGGGAGGCGGCGGUGGAGAGACUGAUGGAGGCGGUGGAGGAGAUCGCUGCGAUAUCGGAAUACCGGAACGCAUACAAGAAGCAGUUCGGCAAUCUCUCGAGGCGGGUCAAGCUCCUGGCGCCGAUGUUCGAGGAGCUGAAGGAAAGCAGUGAGCCGAUUCCGAACGAGGCGGUGCGGGGCCUCGUGCAGCUCCGGGAUGCUCUUGAUGCGGCGAGGAUACUUCUCCGGUUUGGGAGUGAUGGUAGCAAGAUCUUCCUGGUACUGGAGAGGGAUAAAAUCACAAAAUGGUUCCAAGAUGUGACUGCUCAAUUAGAAAAAGCACUGGAUGCAAUUUCUUUUGAUAAACUUGACAUAUCUGAUGAAGUUCGAGAACAGGUUGAGCUUGUUCACACUCAAUUCAAAAGGGCUAAAGAGAGAGUUGACAUGCCUGAUUCUGAGUUAUAUGGUGACAUUGCUUUUCUAUAUGAUAAGGCCAGCGACGCUUAUGUAGAUCCUGAAAUUCUUGGCAGAUUAGCAGUAAAGUUGCAGUUAAGCACAAUUUCUGAUCUCACACAGGAAUCACUAGCUUUGCUUGAGAUGGUAGCUGCCAGCGGAGAUCCGGAGCAGAGUAUUGAGAAAAUGUCAAUGCUCCUAAAGAAAAUCAAGGAUUACGUGCAAACUCAGAAUCCUGAGAUGGGCACUCCAUCAAAUCCAAGGAUUCUGUUUACUGAUGGAAAUCACCAAGCUCCUCUUAUUCCUAAUGACUUCCGCUGUCCUAUUUCCCUAGAGCUGAUGAGAGAUCCUGUCAUAGUGGCUACUGGACAGACUUACGAGAGAGCCUGCAUUAAGAAAUGGUUAGAUGCAGGCCACGACACAUGCCCAAAAACACAACAGAAACUCCCCAACACAACCUUAACGCCCAACUUCGUCCUCCGAAGCCUCAUCGCCCAAUGGUGCGAAGCCAAUGGCAUCAAUCCACCGCAGCGCCCUUCCAAUCCAAGCAAGCCAUCCUCAGCCUGCUCCCCCGCAGAGCGCGCGAACAUAGAUGCGCUCAUCCGCAAGCUAUCCUCUCCCAGCAUCGAAGAUCAAAGAUUAGCCGCCGGCGAGAUCCGUCUGCUCGCCAAACGCAAUGCGGACAACCGCAUCUGUAUCGCGGAGGCCGGCGCUAUUCCGGUCCUCGUGAAUCUGCUGUCCACCGCCGACCCGCGCACCCAGGAGCACGCCGUCACCGCUCUCCUAAAUCUUUCCAUCUAUGAGGAUAACAAGGGGAUCAUCAUGUCCUCCGACGCGGUGCCUGGAAUUGUGCAUGUGUUGAGGAAUGGAAGCAUGGAGGCCCGGGAAAACGCUGCUGCCACGCUCUUCAGCCUAUCGGUUGUUGAUGAGAACAAGAUAACCAUAGGUGCAUCGGGAGCAAUACCAGCUCUUGUUUCGCUGCUGAAUGAAGGGAGUCAGAGGGGGAAGAAGGAUGCGGCCACCGCUCUCUUUAACCUUUGUAUCUUCCAAGGGAAUAAGGGCCGGGCGGUGAGGGCUGGUGUAGUGCCGACGCUAAUGUUGCUUUUGACCGAGCCUGCUGGAUUAAUGGUGGAUGAGGCGCUUGCGAUACUGGCGAUACUGUCCAGCCACUUCGAGUGCAAGGCGGCGAUCGGGGCACUGGAAGCGGUCCCGGUGCUGGUAGAGGUUAUCAGAAGCGGUUCGCCGAGGAACAAGGAGAAUGCGGCUGCUGUUCUGCUGCAUCUCUGCACGGGGGAAAUGCAGCAGCAGCAUCUGGCGGAGGCGCAGGAGCGGAGUGUUAUGGGAGCAUUGCUGGAAUUGGCAUCCAGUGGAACUGAUAGAGGGAAGAGAAAGGCAAUGCAGCUGCUGGACAGAAUGUCGCGGUUCUUGAAGCAGCAGAGCCAAGCACAGGCUCUUGUUGAGGCUCAGGCCCAAAGAGAUCAAUCCUCCACUGCUGUUUCUGAUGCGUGACAGUUUUUUUCUUUUUGUAGUUAAAUGAUUGGGCAGAGAAGAAAGCCAGCCUGCCUUUUUGAUUUUUUAUUCUUAUGUUAUGGUGCUGUGUUAUUUGGAACUAAGAAGCUGUGAAGCAGAAGUGCGGUGAAGCUUUGUGGCA